AUGGCUGACGAGUACGCCGACUUGAAGCAGAUGUUGCAGCAGCAGCUGAAACUAAUGGAGGCAAUCACCGUUAAGCUGUCCAACUCGUCCAUGGGUCAAUCAAGCGCGGCAGGUGGUUCGCAAUCUGUUGAUCACAUUGCCGGCAGCAUCACUGAAUUCUUAUAUGACCCGCAGGCCCAUAUCACCUUUGAUUCCUCGUACAAACGAUACGAAGACUUGUUCUCUGUCGAUCUGGCUGCCCAGGACGAUGCAUGGAAUGUUCGACUCCUACUUCGCAAACUGGGUCCGACUGAACACGAGCGUUAUGCAAACUUCAUCCUCCCCAAGAAUCUCCGAGAAAUCACUUUCAAGGAAACGGUUCAGACGUUGUCGCAGAUUUUUGGUGAGAAAACAUCCCUCUUCAACACUCGAUUUCAGUACUUGCAACUGUGCAAAUGA